CCAACCAUGGUGAUUGCCGGAAAGAGCUUGUCCACAGCAAUGAACGCCAGAAUAAUCGGCUCCGGUAAUGAAGCCAUAGUACUGGCACAUGGGUAUGGUGGAGACCAGUCUGUUUGGGACAAAAUCUUACCCCACUUGGCUCAGUUCUGCCGUGUUCUGGUCUUCGACUGGACCUUCUCCGGUGCCGUAAAGGACAUAAACCUGUUUGAUAAUGUUAAGUAUUCUUCGUAUGAUGCUUUUGCUGAUGAUUUGAUUGCUCUUGUGGAUGAGAUGAACUUCCAGCCAUCGGUCUUCGUCGGACACUCCAUGUCCGGUAUGAUCGGAUGCAUUGCUUCCAUCAAAAGACCUGAGCUCUUCAAGAGGCUCAUACUCAUCGGAGCUUCACCCAGGUACAGGAAUUCAGAAGACUAUGAAGGGGGGUUUGAGAAGUCAGACAUUGAUCAGAUCUUCUCAAACAUAGAAUCCAACUACGACCAUUGGGCUUCAUGCUUUGCUUCGCUUGUAGUGGACCCAAAUGAUCCUAACUCUGUCGAAAAAUUCGAGAAAUGCUUAAAAAGAAUGAGGCCUGAAGUAGCACUUUCCCUUGCCAAAACUAUAUUUCUCAGUGAUGAACGUGCCACUCUCGGAGAGGUUGUCACCCCCUGCACCAUCAUCCAGACCACCAACGAUAUGGUUGUCCCGAAUUCAGUUGCUGUUUACAUGGAGAGGAAGAUCAAGGGCGAGGCGACGGUGGAUUUUAUUGAUACCAACUGCCAUUUUCCACAGCUCACUGCUCAUAUCCAGCUUCUUGAGGUGCUUGGUAGGGUUUUAGGGUUCUAAUUUUCUUUUAGUAUUUUGGGUUGCAGGAGAUGAAAAAAAAGUAAGGUCAUAAUGUUAUCUUCAUUUUAGUGUGUUUUUUAUAUCUUUUCCUGUAAGUUAGUGUGCUUUUUUAUUAAGUAUGGAUUGUAUGGUUACGUUCACUUGUCCUACGUAACUACAUGAUGA